UCGUCGGGUCUUUCCUUGAAUUCGGAAAAAAGCUGCAAUCAACGUUCAUUGGAAAUUUAAUUUUAAGUUCGGGGCGUUUAGAUUUCAUUUGUAUACAAGCUUGAGCGGAUAUCAGUUGUUGUGUGUUGUUUAUUUUGUACGCGUUUGAUGUGUUCUAAUGUUAUGUUGAUGGAUAUCGUUUAAGUGUAAAACGUUGCUCAGACAAACGAUACAGCAGUGCGCAUUGAUGAUCUCUGAUGGAAUCAAUUUAUUAUCAUUUGAUCAUCGGUGUUUCAGUUAGAUAACGUUUGGCGAACGAGAACCUGAAUCUAGGAAAAUGUAUCGACGUUUGGUUAAAAUAUCACGGAAACGAUGGAACAUUCCUGCUAUUUUGAUUGUAACACUCGUGUUAAUGUUGGUGUAUCCACUACUGAUUCAACAGCGCCGUCCAAAAACAAUACUAAUUCACAACAACGAGAAUUUAUGUUCCACCAAGCUAUCAUCAUCGAUGGCUAAUAGCGGCUACAGCCAUACGGUAGUAAUUGUGGUGAUUUCAAGUCGUCGCAAUUUCUUGCAAAGAAAACUGAUCCGUGAGACGUACGGCUCAGUUAAAAUUCUCAACGAUGUACGAAUCGUAGCCGUAGUUUUUAUGUUGGGCAGUCAGGACGCACCAGACGCGUCAGAGACUGAUAUCACCGAAUUGGAGACAGAAAGGGCUCAGUUUGGUGACCUUAUCAUUGGUGAUUUUGUUGACACUUACAGAAAUCUGAGUCGUAAGUCAAUAAUGGCGUAUGAUUGGUUGGUAUCAUAUUGUCAUGAGGCUGAUAUUGUGGUGAAAACGGAUGACGAUGUUAUGGUGAACAUUUUCAAACUCACAGAAGAAUUGGGCUUGUGGCCGCAGAAAAUACCGCUGAAUAUCUGGUGUGCGGUCCACUUCAAUGAGAUGCUAAAUCGAACCGAAACGAGCCCGUAUUAUGUUUCGCCAGAAGAAUAUCCAAACGACAUAGCUCCAAAGCAUUGUGCUGGUGUCGGCUACAUUACCCCAAUGACUGUUGUGCGGAAAAUAGCCGACGAAAUUUCGAGAUCCUAUCGCGGUCCGGUCUGCCAGCAGGAAGAUAUUUUUAUGACGGGAAUCGUCACAGAGAAAAUUCAGUUUGGCAAAAAGGAGCCCAUCGAACUGAUUGAUAGAAUGGUCCAAUGGGUUAUGUACGUUAUAGAGAAUAAUCCUAAUUUCACGGAACUUUGGAAAGUGAUUGAACAACCGCAUAAUGAAACCAUAGAUUUUGUUGAGUUUCGUAGACUUUUCGGCACACGUCUGUUUUUUCUCAUUAACCACGGUGCCGACUUCGAAACAGUGUAUCGGCGGAUGUGGCACAUAGUCAAAAGUUGUUACCAUGAUGAACGUGGCAAGUCAAGCGAUGGAUCGUAGUCUAAUGCCCAUUCAUAUGGCAAGUAAAUUAGUAUUUAAGAAAAAAAUGAAAAAUAUUUUGAAUGAAACGCCAGGU